CAAACAAUACAAUACAAUACAAUACAAAGCCACUACCCAUGCACAGAGAAGAGAACCACGAUCCCUGACGAAGCGCGAAUCACAGAAACCAAUGAAAAACUCCAUUCCCUCCAUCCCUGUCAAGAUUCUCCUAUUUUGAAGCUUUAUCUAUAAAUCUAUACAAGUCUCAUCAGAUUUUGUGAAAGACUGUUUUGUUGCAGAUAUUACACAUAGAAAGAAGCGGCAAAUACAUAUUGCGGCGGCGAAAGGUGAAAACCAUUGAUUUGGGGUUUGUGAAUGGUGAGCUUGGAAGUUGCACAAGUGAUGGAGAAUCGAACCAAGAAAAGAACUCGCUCCGCGUGGGACAUCACACCAGCUCAACCACAGGCGAAACGGGGAGAGGUGGUGAGUAGUAAUGAAGUGAUAAGUAGAAGAAGACAAGCGUCGCCGCCGAGAAGGGACGACGAUCGUGAAGGCCAUUACGUCUUCAAUCUCGGCGAGAAUCUCACUCCUAGAUAUAAGAUACUCAGCAAGAUGGGUGAAGGCACAUUUGGUCGAGUUUUGGAAUGUUGGGACCGUCAAACACGAGAGUAUGUGGCAAUCAAGGUAGUUCGAAGCAUACGCAAAUACCGCAAUGCAGCGAUGAUUGAGGUUGAUGUACUUCAACAUCUUGCCAAGAAUGAUAAAGGCGACUCCCAUUGCGUUCAAAUUCGGAGCUGGUUUGAUUACCGCAACCACAUAUGUAUUGUGUUUGAGAAGCUUGGACCAAGCUUAUUUGAUUUUCUAAAGAGAAAUAAAUACUGCCCAUUCCCUGUGGAUCUUGUUCGGGAAUUUGGACGACAGCUUUUGGAAUCUGUAGCAUAUAUGCAUGAUUUACGCUUAAUUCACACUGACCUGAAGCCAGAAAAUAUACUUCUUGUGUCUUCUGACUAUGUAAGGCUCCCUGGUUAUAAGAAGGUUUCUUCAGAUGAAAUGCUAUCCAGGUGCUUGCCCAAGUCUAGUGCCAUUAAGCUGAUUGAUUUUGGUAGUGCUGCUUUUGAUAAUCAGAAUCAUAGCUCCAUUGUUUCAACAAGGCAUUACAGAGCCCCUGAGGUUAUUUUAGGUUUAGGAUGGAGUUAUCCAUGUGAUUUGUGGAGCGUUGGCUGUAUACUUGUUGAACUCUGCUCGGGUGAAGCAUUAUUUCAGACCCAUGAGAAUUUAGAGCAUUUGGCAAUGAUGGAGAGGGUGUUCGGACCUCUGCCAGAGCAUAUGAUUCGAAGGGCUGACAAAGGUGCUGAAAAAUAUUUCAGGCGAGGAUUGCGCCUAAAUUGGCCAGAAGGAGCUGUUUCAAGGGAGAGUAUUAGAGCUGUCAACAAGCUCCAUCGUCUACAGGAUCUGGUAUCUCAACAUGUAGAGUCCUCAAGAUUCUCUCUCACCGAUUUGUUGAAUGGUUUACUAAUGUAUGAGCCAUCCGAACGACUCACGGCUCGACAGGCUUUGAAUCAUCCCUUCUUUAAUAAUUUAACUUGAGAAAACAGCAUCAUAAAAGAUAAUUUGUAGUGUACAAUGCUAGUAUAGAUACGUGGCUAGAUCCCCAUCUUGCCCCAAAAAGAGAGGACGAUUAAUAGCUGAUCUGGCCCCGGAAGUCUUUGCUUGUAUUUGUACAAUUUUGUUUGAUUGAAUGUGGAUUAGGUUUUGUAAAUGAUUUUCUUUUUCCUAGUUAGAAUCAAUCUUGGUGAUAUUAAAUAACUAUUGAAGGCAAAUGGCUUGGAGACA